AUGCAACUAGCGUUUCUGGACUUUGAAGCCGCGUUCGACUCUCCUCACCGAGGCCGUCUUCCCAACGCGCUCCGCGCCAAUGGACUACCAGAAAAGUUCGUUCGCUUGCUUGAUGACAUGAAUCAACUAACAACUGCUGCAGUUCGAGCACCAGCCGGAUCUACAACACUGCUUGAAGUGGUAACUGGAGUAAGACAAGGGGCGGUGGCAGGACCCUUCCUGUUCCAUUUCGCCAUCGACGACGUUAUGCGAAGAACAGUCAACCAGUGUCCUGCCGACAUUGUCUUAGCACCAUCAGGGUGCCCCUUGACUGACCUCGAGUAUGCCGACGAUGUUGUUAUAUUCGCGGAAAGCAGUACGAAACUUCAACACGCUGUCAACCUUGUAUCGAAGCUGGCUGCAGCCUAUCGACUACGUCUACGCCCUGAUAAAUGCAAGCAGAUGUGGAUCUCUUCGAGACCUCGAACGGGAAUCAGAGUGAACGGACAACCGAUAGAACUCGUCGAUGAGUUCUGUUACAUGGGCUGUACGCUGAAGAACAACGGUAGAGAGAGAUGUUCAGCAAAGAUAAGGCCACUUCUGCAUUUAACUCCUUAA